AUGUCCUCUUCGUCCUACUCCGCCGCCGCCGCCGCCGCCCCCGGCGCUGGCAAUCCCUCCCUACUCCGCGGCUCCGCGGUACUAAUCAUCUGGGGUAGCGUGGACGGCUACUCGGACGCGAAAUUAGAACGCGACCUGAACGACUGGUGGACGUAUGAGCACCUACCGGAACGGCUGGCGCUGCCUGGCUUCCACCGCACGCGGCGGUACUACCGCUCAUCGCCGCCGUCGUCCUCCUCCUCGAGCUCAAACGAAAGCCAUUCGAACUACAUGGUACUAUACGAGGUGUCGUCGCUAGCGACGCUCACUUCCCCGGAGUACAUGCACGCGCUGAACAACCCGACCCCACGCACGCGGCAGUACAUGCCCGUCCUGUCGAGCCUGAGCCGGUCGGCGUGCCGUGUUUUGGCGUCGAUGUCGCGGGCCGAGUUCGCACCAUGCCACGUCGGCGGUGCCGGCGGGACGCUGGCGCACGUCGUCCUCGAGGCCCCCGCGGCAGCCGAGACGCGCGCCAGCUUGACCAACUGGCUGGCUCACGAGUGCUGGGCGAUGCUCUGCACACACUUCUCGAGUCUGUUGGCCAUGCACGUGCUCGAGCCCGACGAGGCCGCCACCAGCGCGGGUAGCUCGACCAAGUCGUACGACGGAGUCAACUUCAAACAACACCAGCAGGACCCCAAGAGCUCGACCUUGACCUCGAACGCCCCCGAGGCGAUGCGCCCCCCGCAGUGGAUGAUGCUGCUCGAGUUCGCGGAUCCUUUUGGAGCUCCCUUCGCGUCGUAUGACCACAACUGCGACGAGUUCGCUCAAGGCCUGGCGGACCAUGGCGUUGAUUUGUCCAAGGUGACGGAACAGUUUUUUGGACUGUUCGUCGUGAUGGAGGAGUAG